GUAAUUAGUGUACUCAGAGUACUUUAUUCUUACUGAUCGAACGUUUUGUACAGUUUCUUCUGCAUAGAACGAAAUUGAGGAUAAACGGUGAAAAUAAACGGGCAUAAGUGAACGAAAUGAACACGAAGAUGUUCAAGAUAUUAAAAUUUUUGUAAUUAAUAUUUUUACCUACAAAGCAAGUUUAUCACUUUUGUUGGUUGAUAUAAAUAUAUAUAAUAAAUAACUCUCUUUUUCACACAGUGUUUAGUUCCAGUAGGGCGGAGGCCCAUUUCAGUUCGUAUAUGAAUGAAGGCCGUUUUUCGUAAUCAGUGCGUAAUCAGAAGUGUGUGUGAUGGAGCUGUCAAUCCAACUUUAUAAUCUAAUACGUGUGAUACCGUGGUACCACAUAGUUAUUGAAUUACUUCUUCUGGUUUGGGUGCUUUGGUUCCUGUUCCACAGGAGCUACAAUCCCAAGGAACUGCAGACUUUUAAAGAAAAUGAGGAAAACGAGCUCAUUGGGAAGUGGACCCCAGAGCCGCUGGUUGCAGACGUGUCCAAGGAUGAUCCGGCCCUGCGACCGCGAAUAGUAGAGUCCAAGGCCACCAAGUAUGUGACCGUGGACGGCAGACGGGGCCUGAACCUGGCCUCCCACAACUACCUGGGCCUGGUCGGAGACGAGCGUCUCGAGAGGCGAGCCGUCGACGCAGUCAGGCACUACGGGGUCGGCUCCUGCGGGCCCCGGGGCUUCUACGGCACCGUCGACAUUCACCUGGACCUGGAAGAGAAGCUGGCGGAGUUCAUGAGCAUGGAGGAGGCAGUGGUUUACUCGUACGGCUUCUCGACCGUCGCGAGCGCGAUCCCGGCCUACGCCAAGAGGAGCGACGUCAUAUAUGUAGAUGAAAAAGCAAAUUUUGCUAUUCAGAAAGGAGUGGAUGCGUCCCGUAGCACCGCCUUGUAUUUUAAACAUAAUGAUGUUGAGGACUUGGAGAGGAUUCUGGAAGAAGAAGCAGAACGGGAAUUAAGGAACUCAAAGAAGAAACAAAGAAACAGGCGAAAAUUCCUUGUUGUGGAAGGCAUCUACAUGAACACAGGGCAAAUUUGCCCGCUGCCAGAGUUGGUAGCACUGGCGAAGAAGUACAAGUUGAGAAUCUUUGUUGACGAAAGCAUUUCAUUCGGCUCGUUGGGCAGCCACGGGAAGGGAGUCACGGAGUACUUUGGUGUUCCCAUUGAUGACAUCGAUCUGAUCAUGGGAAGCAUGGAAUGGGCGAUGGCUUCCAUCGGAGGCUUCUGCAUUGGGUCGUCGUUCGUCAUCGAGCACCAGCGACUUUCUGGCCUGGGCUACUGCUUCUCGGCGUCGCUGCCCCCGCUCCUGGCCGCGGCCGCCAUCUGCUCGCUGGACGUGAUGGGCUCCACGCCCGCCCUGUUCGCGUCCCUCCGGGACUGCUGCCGGGCCGUGCACCGGGCCCUGGGCCGCCUGGAGGGCCUCCGGGUGGGCGGGGACCCAGACUCCCCCGUCAAGCACCUCUACCUGCGAGACCCGCCCGGCGGCGCGGAGCAGCAGCUCGCGAUGCUCGGCAGAGUUGUUCAUCACUGCUCUCUCAACGGAGUUGUGCUUACGGUCGCGGCAUACUUGCACUCGGUAGAGAAGUUCCCUCCGAAGCCGAGCAUCCGAGUGGCAGUUAACCGCACGCUGACGGAACAUGAAAUACAGACGGCCGCUGAAGUGAUAAAACAAGCCUAUAUCCAGUCUGCUUAGUCAGCUGUGUGUUCUGUGGAUGUGCAAAACAACUAUUUACAUGCUUGUGAUUGUCUAUGUUUAGUUCUCUGUGUAGUGCCAACUAUGUGUUUGAUGCACAAUUACUUUAACCAUAAGAUAAAGUUUUUAAACAUUAUUGUUAUUGCUACAUUUAGGUUUUGAAGUAUUUUUAUUUACCUUGUGGCAAGUAUUACUGGAAUUUGUUGCUUUUAGUGAUUAUUGUUUCAUUAAAUGUGUAAUUAAAAAUUGUUAUAUUUAUAAAGUUACGAUCGCAGACAGGACAGCAAUGCCUGGCCAGAUUACAAGGGUCCUCGCUACCCCCCUCCCUCCUCCCUCCUUCCGCUCCCCUCGCACCGUCCCGCCUCAGGCUAUUUUCAAUGAUCCUUUUAGCGGCCUGGGAAUUCUGCAGGUUUCCCGAGGCUGCUGUCCGGAGUGGUGUGUAUAAACACUGCCUUCCUGAACUUUUCGGCCAAAGGUCACGCGAUACUUCCAAAAAACACCCCUUCCCCCUCCCCAAGUCUGCCAAGCGUACAAAAGCAGCGACGCCGGUCUCCGCGAGAGUUCCGAGCGAAGAGCGGAGCAGCGGAGAGAGUCUCCCCCUUGGGGAGUGGUGCCGGCGAUACCCGUGCGAUCAGCGGGAGGAGAAGAUGGCAAGUGGCCCUUGCUGAGUGAACAAGACCUAUUGGGAGGCGAUAUCUGCGAUUAAGGCCUGGCGAGUGAUAGUUGGGGACUGUGCUGCGGUGCGGUGUGGGUGAGUGUGCGAAGGAAGCGGACAGAAGAGCGAGCCACUGUCGAGCCAAGCUCCCGUGGAAAGUUUUAAUGUUUCAAUGACCAGUGUAAGACUAAUUGUUGUGGACAGAGAUCUUCAGUGCAUUUAUUAAAUUUAUGGUGAAGACAUUAAAAUUCAAUGAAACUACUGAACCAAUUAAUUGGGCUAUACCUUACAAAACCCAGUUUUCUCCCCACAGUAUAUUCAUAACAGGAUAUUAAAUAUUAAAAUAUCUAAGAAGUGUUUGUAUUCUAUUUCUAUUUUAAUUACAUUUAUUUUAAAUUAGUGUAACAUUUUAAAAUAAAAUCUUAAUAAAACUAUUCUACGCUAGUGUCACAGCUACCUACGCACAGGCAUUUGACACACAGGUUUUGACUGUCUGGAAUUCCUGCCUAUUCUAUACCAUUAUGAAUGUUACUUCUGUUAAAAUAAUGUUGUUAUUGCACUAAAGAUUUAGGAGAAACAAAUUGUUUGCAGAUUUGAAAUAAAAAAAAUGGACCUGCAAAUAA